AUGUCUGUUCCAGCAGACGAAACUGUGGGGGACCUGCCUGUGAGAGAUGUAGGUCUAACUCUAACUGGAACUGGAGGAUUACAAGAAUCAUCAACUACACAGAAUGUAAAAGCUCGACAAGCUGUAUCACGCAUCAGUCGAGAGGAACUAGAAGACAGAUUUCUUCGUUUACGUGAUGAGAACAUCUUACUCAAACAGCAUGCAAAUAAGCAAGAGGAGAAGAUUAAAAGAAUGGCCACCAAGUUAAUACGGCUUGUUAAUGAUAAAAAAAGGUCUGAACAGGUUGGUGGCGGCCCCAAGCGGCUGGGUCAGGCUGUGGAGCUGGAAGAAAUGAUUGAGCAUUUGCAAGAGAGAGUUCGUGAGCUUGAGAAACAAAACGAGAGCCUCCGCAGCAAACUCAUUUCAACUAAACAGCAGCUCCAGAUUCAAGGCCAUAGGCCUUGUCCGUACAGCUAUGUUCAAUCUCGUAUUAACACUGGUCUCAAAAAAGUGAGUGAAGCUGCUGGCAUGCCGGAGCACGCAAAGAAAGGAAUGAGAUUUCAGGAUUUAGAAGUGAGGUCACCUAAUCUUGUGCUCCCAAGAUAUGGACAGAGUCAGCUCGAGGAUCAAAGGGCUGAAAUAAGAAAUUUGGAGACUGUGAUUGAGUCCCAAAGGGAACACAUUGAUGAACUAGAACAUGCCAGAGAGGUACUUGUGAGUCAGCUAAGAAGGAAAGAAAAGGAAAUUGAAGAAUCCAUCCUACGGCUGAAAGAGCAAGAAACAACAAGCCAAAGGCUAAACAUUCGGGACAAUGUGGAAAUGAUCAAGGUCCAUAAGCAGCUGGUUGAAAAAAGCAGUGCUCUUUCAGCAAUGGAAGGAAAAUUUCUCCAGCUUCAAGAGAACCAAAGGAACUUGAAGAUGAGCCAUGAUGCUUUAAUAGCAAAAGGUGAUGAACUGAAUCUACAGCUUAAAGAGGAGCGGUUAAAGUGCCUCCAUCUUGAAAAAGAAUUGCAAUCAGUGACUAUUUCAAACCUAAGGACAGAGGAGUUACAGGAAAGAAUAAAUGAUCUAGAAAAAGAGAAGGAACUCUUGAGGGAAAACUAUGAUAAGCUGUAUAACAGUGUCUUCAGUAUGACCCAUGAACAGCAAUGGAUAUUAAAGGAACAGCAACUGAAACUGCAAAUUGCUAAACUAGAGACUGCUAUCAAAUCUGAUUUAGCAGACAAAAAUGAAAUCCUUGACAAGAUCAAAGUAGAAAGAGACCAAAAGGAAAAGCUGAUGCAAGAGAACAAAGACCUGCAGUUAUGCUACCUGGAACAUAAGCAACAACUAGAUGAACUGAAAAAUCACAUGAAGUUUUUGACCAAGGAAAGUGAUAUUGAUGUGGCAGAACUCAGUGAAGCCCUCUUGCUUAUAAAGGUUCGAAAGCAGCAGAAGAAUGGGGACCUUAUGUUUUUGGAAAAAGUAGAUGAUGAUAUCCAUAAAGAUUUAGAACAUUCCAUGCGGGAGCUGCAAUUAACACACGCGGAAACAGUUCAAGAACUUGAAAAGACAAGGAAUAUGUUAAUUGUGCAGCACAAAAUUAACAAAGAUUACCAGACUGAAGUAGAAGCAGUGACACAAAAGAUGGAAAGUCUACAGAAAGACUAUGAGUUAAAACUGGAACAGUACGUCCAUCUUCUUGAUAUUAGAGCUGCACGCAUCAGGAAACUAGAAGCCCAACUAAGAGAUAUCGUCUAUGGUACAAAACCGCAUAAAUCCAGACCAGAAAUAUUGCCAGGUGAUCCAGUGGAUGAAUUUGAUGAAACUUUACAUUUAGAAAAAGGAGAGAACCUUUUUGAAAUUCAUAUCAGCAAAGUGAUUUUCUCUUCUGGAGCUAUGCAUGCUUUUGGUGACCAAGAACCUGCAACUUUUUGUACUUAUGCAUUCUAUGACUUCGAAAUUCAGACAACCCCAGUAGUUUAUGGGUAUACCCCAUCAUAUGACUUCACUUCUCAGUACCUUGUGCAGGCUGAUGACUGCUUCUUGCACUAUAUACAGCAAAACAGUAUCACACUUGAGCUUCAUCAUGCAUAUGGCACAGAUUAUGAAACAGUUGCUGCAUGUCAACUGAAGUUCCAUCAAAUCUUGGAAAACAAUGGGAAGAUCUACAGCACAGCAAAUUUACUUGGAAUCAAAGGAAACAUUCAAAAUUAUGGUACUGUAGAAUACUGGAUCAGGUUAAGAGUUCCUAUGGAUCAAGCUAUUAGUCUCUACAAAGAGAGGUCAAAGGCUCUGGGGUAUAUAACAUCAAAUUUUAGGGAACCAGAAAUCAUGGAAACAUGAACUCAGCAGAUACUCAGAACUGCCCAAGUCAGCACUUCAACAGAUGGCAAUUUAAAUGAACUCCACAUCACAAUAAAUUGUUGUAACAAUCUACAAUCCCGAAAAAAACAUCUUCAGCCAAAUCCUUAUGUUGUCUACAAGUUCUUUGAUUUUGCAGACCAUGAUACUCCCAUCAUUCCUAGCAGCAACAACCCACAAAUAGAUGACCAUAUGUGUUUCCAAGUGCCAAUGAAUGCAGAGGUAGACCGAUACCUAAAAUCAGAAUCCUUAACCUUUUAUGUAUUUGAUGAUGGUGAAACAGAAGAAGGUGCUUAUGUAGACAAUGUGCCUCUUAUUUCUUUAGCACAUGACAGAUCUAUCUCAGGUACUUUUGAACUAACGGAUUCUGAAAAACAUGCUACUGGUACCAUCACAGUUGAAUUAAAAUGGAAGUUUGUCUACCUACCACCAAGUGGAUCAACAAUGGCUGCAGACCUAGUGAAUUACAUUCAAAAUGAAAAAUCAAUGGCAACUAAAUUACUAGCAGAGGAAAAAACGCAGACUCCAGCCAUGUCUCCUUCUUUUACUUCAUCAAAACCAACACCCAAACCAAGGCAGCGUGCAGCUCAAGCAGACAAGAAAGUAUCUUUUCUGGAUCUUAGUGCAACACAGAUGGCAGUAAGUUUUAAGCUAGCAGAUAAUAAGGUGAAGGAGAUGGCUGAAGAAAUUCACCAGGAAAAAGAGGACCUCUCACAUCUGUCAGAGGGGCAGUUGGCCGACCAGAGCUCAGUUACCUCUGGAGAUGAGACAGAAAUAACUGAAGAAUUGGACCCAGAAGAAAAUGAUGCCAUUGAAUCAAUAAUAACUGACAGCGAUGACUGUAUUGUUUCAAGUCCAGUAUCCAAGAAUAUUAAACAGGCAACUGAAAAAAUCCGGAUUGAAAUUAUAUCGCUUGGUCUUACUGAGUCACGAAUUGCAUCAGAUGAAACAAUACAGCAGCUGUUUGUAGAAUGCAGAUUAUACAAUUUUCUUGCAGAGGAGACCCCACUGUCACUUCCAAAACCAACAAGUGGUCAGAGGAUUCACUAUAACUAUAGCAAUGUGAUACAUGUGGAUAAAGCAAAUAAUCGUGCAAGAAGAGAGUAUCUCAAGUCUAUGCUUCUAAAGCCAGAUCUACAUACUGACAGCCUACGAUUUACAGUGGUCAGUGAUCCCCCAGAAGACGAACAGGAUCUUGAAUGUGAAGAUAUCGGUUUCGCUUAUGUCAGUUUGAGAGAGAUAUUCCAGAAGCAAAGAGAUGUCAUUGAGCAAGAUAUUGAUGUUUUCGAUUCACAAGAUGAUAGUGCAGUAAUUGGAAAGCUCAAAGUAACAGUGGAAGCCCUCCAUGCGCUGCGUUCAGUCUAUGAGGAAUGCAAAGAUGACUAGGAGGCAUGA